UUUGUUUUAUUUAAAGGUAUACUUUCGGAAACUGUCAAGAACCUUUACCACAAUCUGUUUUCUUAGUCGAAAAAAUACUUCGGGACCAGAUGAAUAAAUUGCUUUAUAAAGCGACUGAGGCUGCACUCAUGCGUGGAGGACAUAACAUAUCAUAUGAAGAUCUUCUUUUCGUUAUACGGAGGAACAGAAUUGUCGUGAAGCGUUUGUUGCAGUAUCUAGAGAUUGUGGAUAUGAAGGCUAUUCUUUACAGGAGAGCUAAAUUGAAUUUAGAUACGGCAUAUCCUGGUCAUCUGCCAAGGGGCUUAAGAGUGAAAGUUUGCCUGGCUUUUCUUGACUACCUGGAUGAAUCUGGUGCAUUAGGAUCUGUUCUUGAUGAAUAUGUUGAUGAUCCUGUUGUCAAUGAAAGAAUGUUGGUUUGUAAUCUUCCUUAUAUUACAUCAUAUAAUUUGGAAUAUUUUUAAAUUAUUGCUCUGAAUAAUAUUAAAUUAAUAAGCCAAACGCUACUUAUAGUUAAAAGAAAAUAAGCUUAAAGUGCUGUCCUUUAAAGUGAUUAAAGUUACAGGCAUCUCCUUUAAUCAUUUCUUCU